AUGGCAGCGCAUUCAACGCGUGACUGGCUAUCCAACGACACAGUGGUAGUACUCCGAUUUAUCGGAACGACGCCGUUUAGUACGACAUUAAGACCUUUGCUCUAUAGUAUAUCCAGCCAAAUAACGCAGGUGUACGGAGAUGAGACGCCAGUGUCAGAGGAUUUGAGAGAUCUUACAAAGGACCUGAAACAACGAUUAGAGAAUGCCACGCCACAGAUGCCACUCGUAUUGUUUUUGGAUUCACUCGACCAAUUCGAUUCGGAUGACGGUGCACACCAGUUGCUAUGGCUACCAACCACAUUACCUGACAAUGUGCGACUCGUAGUGUCGACGCUAGUGGACGAUAAAUACGAAUGCUAUCCGACACUGAAGGCUAACUUAUGGAAUGAUGAUAUUUUUCUCGAAGUUCCCAAGAUGAAGAAUGAUGACGUGAAAGUGAUACUUACCAAAUGGCUGUCCAGCAGAAAUCGAACUUUAACAGAAGCACAAACGAACGUUCUGAUUGGUGCUUUCCAAAAAUGUCCACUUCCGUUGUUUUUGAAGAUAUCAUUUGACGUUGCCUGCCAAUGGGCCUCAUACACGAAUCCUCAACAAACUAUCAUAUACCAAGCUAUUUACAGGGAGGCAACGAACGAGAGUGACUCCCCGGUUAGACGAGUGAUAUCAGCUUUGUUUGAAACCGUUGAACGAAGUCACGGCGAAAUGCUCGUUAGUCGUGCAUUGUCUUAUAUCACUGCAGGUCGCAGUGGCUUAACUGAGAAUGAACUUGAAGAUGUCUUGUCAUGUGACGACGAUGUAUUGAACGAUGUUUUUCAGUACUGGACUCCUCCCAUUCGGCGCCUUCCGCCGUUGCUAUGGAUUCGUGUUCGGGCAGACCUUGCGCCUUAUUUUGUUGAAAGAGGUGCUGACGGGGCCCGUGUUCUGUAUUGGUACCACAGGCAGUUCACAGAAGCAGCCAGGGAUCGGUAUCUCCGGGAUCACCACCCAAAAUCUUUAAUUCAUGCAAAUCUGUCGGAUUACUUUAUGGGGGCAUGGGCGAACGGCAAUAAAAAACCAUAUAAAACGAGGGAUGGGACAACUGGAGAAAAAGAUCGUCUAGUGGCAGCACAGCCACUCGUGUUUGAUGAACACACAUACAACAUACGUAAAAUGAACGAAUUGCCAUUCCACCUGAUACGAAGCAACCAACAAGACAAGCUAGAAACUCAGGUUUUGUGUAAUUUCACCUGGCUACUGACAAAGAUGACAGCAACAUCCGUCAGACGGGUUAUUGACGAUUUUAAAUUCGCCCGCUCGAUUUAUCCAGGAAACGAGAAAAUCAACACAGUUGCAGAAUUGUUACAACUAGCGCAUCAUGCAUUGGAGAAAAACCCCGACCAGCUCGCGUCUCAGAUUGUGGGCAGGAUAUCGUCGUUUGAUGGCUUGGAGGAUUUGCUUAACAACGCUCGUAAUCCACAUAAACCGUGCCUUUUACCGACGACAGCAUUCUUGACACGACCCGGAGGAAUGUUGGUUCACUCGUUAGCUGGCCAUACUCAUCGAAUAUAUGCGCUUGACAUAGCUGAAAGCGGUAAAUAUGCAUUGACGGGAUCAUUCGACGCGACUGUGAAGCUGUGGGACAUCGAGGAAGGCGUAUUGUUAAAGAACAUGGAAAACGUUGGCGAAACUAUACAGACGAUACGAUUUUGCAAACACGACGACAUGUUCGUGUUAUCAGCGUUAGAUUUCGGCCAAAGUUACGUCAAGGUGUUUAAGACAGAAACAAUGACAUUGUUGAAAUCUUUUGAAACAACAUCGGGCUACCCAACUGCCUUUGCCAUUGCCAAGGGUGGAAGUCAUCUCAUCAUUCCAGAACAAUGCGAAUUGGAGGUGAUCGACUUGAACACGUUGACGAUUAGUCAAAAGAUUGUCGACGAAUUCUUGAAUGCAAUGGGGGCCUCUGCAACAGUUGAAGCUCGUGGUGACAUUGUGGCUUAUUUCUUAACGCAAGAUUUCGAUCGAAAACAUGUCCGUGUCGCUGAUUUAUCGAAACCGGAUUUACCCAAGACAACAGUGGAGGUGAUCUUUGAAGAAAAGUAUGACAAAAGAUACAGCGCCACUAUCGGUGGCAUCGCGUUGAUUCCAAACAAACUGGUUGUUUGUAAUCAGACUAGAUCAAUUUUUCAUAUUUACUCUAAUUACGGAGAGACGCUGACCAAAGUAAUAGUAGACCUAGACGGGAUAACGGGAGCGCACGGUGCAGCGGCUAGUUUCUGCACAACGUUCGAUGGACGAUACAUUCUUGUAACCCGUUUUGAUAAAGUUGUUGUCUGGGACCUCGAGAAAGAGACCAAAGCUGUUAUGCUGGAGCAUCCUUACUUUAUUUACCGUAUUGCAAGCAGAGACAUGUCCCGAGUUGUCAGCACAUCCCCGGAUAAGCUGGUACGUGUUUGGGAUAUCACCCGCGGGAAAAUGGCUGUUCACGUCACCCACCAGGAACCGCGAUGCAUGGGUGAAGCACCGGAGGAAAUCAGGCAACUUCUAUGUCCAGCAGGAUACGACCAGCUAGUUACUAUGUCGGUAGGCAGUAUGGUAAACGGCCGAAGUAUUGUAACGUUAUGGGACUUGGGCACAUCGCGUCCGUUAUCCAAACUCAAAGCGGUUUCUAGCAAGCCCGUAUUUUGGAAAAUGUUAAAUGCAUCGACAGCUAUUGCCAGUGUUGAUAAGACUCUGAAACUCGUGAACGUCUUGAAAGGAUGCAUUAUUUUAACAUUUCAGGGGAAAAUACCAAAUCACACAACUUGGUUAGCCGUAAUCGAAGAUAAUCGCAAGUUAAUGACACUAUCAGAAGAUCAGACACUGGUAAACAUAUAUGACAUGUCCGAUGGUACAAUCUGUGAUGUGUUGACACAUGCUAAUAGUGCUGUCAUCUCUGAUUUCCGUGUCAAUGACAAUGGCGAUGGUAAUAUCCUAGUAACUCAGCUCAGAAGCCAAUACGAUUGUGUUCAUAUAUGGGACCUGGAAACGAGGCAGAUACGUCACUCGAUUAGAAUAGAUAAUAAGUUGGGCAAAGUUGCUCUGGAUAACUCCGCAAUUUCAUCGGAUGGCAUGUACCUGUCACUUAUUACCUACGGGAAAUCUAGGAAGAAAGGACUGUUGGUAUGGAACUUGAAAACGGGUAAACAAGUUUAUCACCAUCGAAAAGAUGAUACGUCUGUUCUGGACAUUGUUGCUGUCGAAAACGGAAAAUUAGUUGUGCAAUACAGUGAUAAAAGUAUCUGUUUACUCAACUUAUCCACAGGUUCACUAGUGACAGAACUUCGUGGUCACUACGAGUUCAUCAGUCAGUUUGAAGUGACCAAAGACAACAGGCGAAUUAUGGCUUUCUCAGACCGAGAGCGCAAACUUGCUGUAUGGUCCUGUGACGACGGCACUUGUUUGGGAAGUUUCACAUUAGAAAAGAAAUCAAAAGUCCAACUCGCCUGUGAAGGGCAGAUUAUUGUGGUUCUAGACGUCUAUGGUCUUACUCCGCCCAUACUACUUCGAGUUCAUGGACAGGGAUAUACGCCGUUUCCUUUACCGGAUGAAAACACAGAUGCCGAUAACGAAGAAGUAGACGUUACAAUGACGCUCCAAGAAAAAGUAACUGUGUUAAAACUAUGGGAAGAGUGCGCUGAAUGAAAUGUCGAAUUUCAUUAGUGGUCAAUACAUGGGAAAAAACAACAACUCGCGCUUACUGGGAGUUUAACCUAGAUAUUUGUAAUUAUAGAAGUGUAUGUAUGUUGAGGGAUAUUUUUAUAAGAGUAAUAAAAAAGUACAAAGACGCACUUUUGAUCCCAAA